CAGGAAGCGGGCGGGGGCGCGAUCCAGCCGCGUCUGCGGGCGCCCGGCCGGGCCCCUCCGGUCCCUUCCCGCCGACGACCCCGCGGGGCGCGCCGUGCACUUGCCGGCGGUGCAGGUGGCCGCGCGCGCCCGGCGCCCUGCGCCCUGGGUCCCCGCCAGCGCCGCGCCGCGCGCCCCGAGGGGCGGGGAGGCGGGGCGGCCCGUCGCGGCCCCAGUUCGCUUCCCGGCGGCGGCGCGGCGGCUGGAGGCCGGCGUCGGGGAAGGUCCAGCCGGGUCCGCACCGGGUGUCCGGGUGUCCGCGGGGCCGCCCGCCGCCCGCCCCCCAGCGCGUGUCUCGCCCGCGCCGUCCAGGCUGCCCCGUUCCGGACGCAUCCGCGGCGCCAGGCUCCACCUGAGACCCCCCGGGACGCCGCCCCCAUGGCUUCCUGGACGAGCCGCUGGUGGCUGCUGGUGUGGAUGGUCUUCAGGCGCUGGGCGCUCCUGCAGACCUCGGCAGAGACGUCCCCGGGGGCCUACUUCCUGCCCGAGUUCGCGCUGUCCCCCCAGGGGAGUUUCCUGGAAGACACGACCGGGGAGCAGUUCCUCACCUAUCGCUAUGACGACCAGACCUCGAGGAACCCGCCAGCCGAGGAGGACAAGGACGGCAACUGGGACGCCUGGGGCGACUGGAGCGACUGCUCGCGGACCUGCGGCGGCGGGGCGUCCUACUCCCUGCGCAGGUGCCUGACCGGGAGGAAUUGUGAGGGGCAGAAUAUUCGCUACAAGACGUGCAGCAACCAUGACUGCCCGCCGGACGCCGAGGACUUCCGAGCCCAGCAGUGCUCCGCCUACAACGACGUGCAGUACCAGGGCCGCUACUACGAGUGGCUGCCGCGGUACAACGACCCCGCCGCGCCCUGCGCGCUCAAGUGCCACGCGCGCGGCCAGACCCUGGUGGUGGAGCUGGCGCCCAAGGUGCUGGACGGGACGCGUUGCCAUAGCGACUCCCUGGACAUGUGCAUCAGCGGCACCUGCCAGGCGGUGGGCUGUGACUGGCAGCUGGGGAGUCACGCCAAGGAGGACAACUGCGGGGUGUGUGCGGGCAACGGCUCCACCUGCAGGCUGGUGCGGGGACAGGCCAAGUCACACGUGUCUCCUGAGAAAAGGGAGGAAACCGUGAUCGCGGUGCCCCUGGGCAGUCGGAGCGUGAGAAUCACGGCGAAAGGCCCUGCGCAUCUCUUUAUCGAGUCCAAAACACUCCAAGGGAGCAAAGGCCAGCACAGCUUUCACGGCGCCGGCGUCUUCGUCGUGGAAAACACGGCCGUGGCAUUCCAGAGCGGCCCCGACGGGCAGACCUUCAAGAUCCCGGGGCCCCUGGCGGCCGACUUCAUCUUCAAGGCCAGGUUCACGGUGGCCAGGGACAGCGUGGUGCAGUUCUUCUUCUACCAGCCCAUCAGCCACCAGUGGCGGCAGACCGACUUCUUCCCCUGCACCGUGACCUGCGGAGGAGGUUACCAGCUGAACUCAGCCGAAUGCGUGGACAUCCGCCUGAAGAGGGUGGUCCCUGACCAUUACUGCCACUACUACCCCGAGAACGUCAAGCCCAAACCCAAGCUGAAGGAGUGCAGCAUGGACCCCUGCCCCGCCAGCGACGGCUUUAAGGAGAUCACGCCCUACGACCACUUCCAGCCUCUCCCUCGCUGGGAACAUAACCCGUGGACGGCCUGCUCCGUGUCCUGCGGAGGCGGCACCCAGCGGCGCAGCUUCGUGUGCGUGGAGGAGUCGCUGCACGGCGAGAUCCUGCAGGUGGAGGAGUGGAAGUGCAUGUACGCGCCCCGGCCCAAGGUCAUGCAGACCUGCAACCUCUUCGACUGCCCCAAGUGGGUGGCCAUGGACUGGUCCCAGUGCACGGUGACCUGCGGCCGGGGGCUGCGCUACCGGGUCGUGCUGUGCAUCAGCCAUCGCGGGCAGCACGUGGGCGGCUGCAACCCCCAGCUGAAGUUACACAUCAAGGAGGAGUGUCUCAUCCCCGUCCCCUGUUACAAACCCAAAGAGAAGAGCCCGGUGGAGGCAAAGCUGCCUUGGCUGAAGCAGGCCCGGGAGCUGGAGGAGACCAGGGUGGCGACGGAAGAACCGACGUUCAUCCCGGAGCCCUGGUCCCCCUGCAGCGCCCCCUGCGGGCCGGGCGUGCAGGUGCGGGAGGUCCGGUGCCGCGUGCGGCUCACCUUCGCGGAGACCGAGACGGAGCUGCCGGCCGAGGAGUGCGAGGGCCCCGCGCCGCCCACCCGGCGGCCCUGCCAGCGGCGGGCCUGUGGCCGCGGCCCCCCGGGCCUGGGCGCGCCCCUCCCGGCCGCGGACGGCGGGCUGACCUACCACUGGGAGUACGCGGGCUUCACCCCCUGCUCGGCCACCUGCCUGGGAGGCCACCAAGAGGCCAUCGCUGUGUGUCUACACGUCCAGACCGGGCAGACCGUCAACGACUCGCUGUGCGACGCGCUCCACCGCCCGCCCUCCAUGAGCCAGGCCUGCAACACGGAGCCCUGCCCGCCGCGGUGGCACACGGGCUCCUGGGGGCCCUGCUCCGCGACCUGCGGCGUGGGCAUCCAGACGCGGGACGUGUACUGCCUGCACCCCGGGGAGACGCCCGUCCCGGCCGCCGAGUGUGGCGACGACAAGCCCCACGCGCUGCAGGCCUGCAAUCAGUUCGACUGCCCUCCCGGCUGGCACAUCGACGACUGGCAGCCGUGCCCCAGGACGUGCGGCGGCGGCACCCAGCACCGGAGGGUCACCUGCCGGCAGCUGCUGACCGACGGCAGCUUCCUGACGCUCUCCGGUGAGCUGUGCCCCGGCCCCCAGGCCUCGUCCCGGAAGUCCUGCGCCAGGACCGACUGCCCUCCGCAGCUCUCCGUGGGCGACUGGUCCCAGUGCUCCGUCAGCUGUGGUGUGGGGACCCAGCGGAGGAAGCAGGUGUGCCAGAGGCUGACGGCCAAGGGCAGGCGGGUCCCCGUCAGCGAGGCCCUGUGCGGGGAGCUUCCGGGGCCCCCUCUCGUGCGAUCCUGCCAGAUGCCGGCCUGCAGCAAGAGGAAGGCAGAGACGCAGCCAGCGCCCCGGGAGCAGGGUCCCCAGAUCCUGGCCGUCCCGCGCGUGUACAUCCAGACCCGGGAGGAGAAGCGCGUCCACCUGACGGUGGGCGGCAGGGCCUACCUGCUGCCCAACACGUCGGUGCUGAUCCGGUGCCCGGUGCGCCGCUUGCAGAACGCCCUGAUCCAGUGGGAGAAGGACGGCCGCUGCCUGCAGCCCUCCGAGCGCCGGGGCGUCACCAAGUCGGGGUCCCUGAAGAUCCACGGCCUGGCCGCCCCCGAUGGCGGCGUGUACGGCUGCGUGGCCGGCCCCGCCCGGGAGACCUUGGUCCUCAGGCUCAUCGGCACCGACAACCGGCUCAUCGCGCCCCCGGCCCCCGGGGAGCGCUCCCGGGGACCCCCGGCCCCCGGCCAGGGCCGAGCUGACACUGUGGGGGCCACCUGGCAGGCUAUGAGGCAGCUGUGGCAGGACCGCAAUGAGCUGGGUGGGGACGAGGGCCAGGUUCUCCGCGCCCUGCGGGGGCCCUGCCACCCCGGCCACGCAGGCCCCCCCGGGUCCUGGGAGCUGCAAGGCGAGCAGUUUGAAGCCGCCGUCAGGCAGGGCGCCUCCAGCAUGGACACGGCCGGGUUCGACACGCUGAUCCGGAACCUGAGCCGGAUGAUGGAGGCCGGGCAGGUGAGCGACGACCUGGCGUCCCAGGUCAUCUACCAGCUGGUGGCCGCGCGCCCCUGGAGGGCCAGCCCGGAGGAGGCGCCUGCCCGGGCUCCGGGGAGCGGGGACCCCGGGGGGCGUGCGCCCCAAGGCCCGAGGGGGAGACACGCGGGCGGGCUGACGGUCCCGCCGAAGGGACCGGAGCUGGUGAGGCCGCGGCAGCCCGCGUCGGUGUCAUUCAAUGCGACCGUCCGUGCCAUGAUCGGGAGCGCGGUGUACAUCACCAACAGGACGGCGGCCGUCCACCUGCUGUGCCAGCUGGCCGGCCCCGGCGAGGUCGCCUACGCGUGGACCAAGGACGGGGUGCCGCUGCAGCCGUCGGAAAAGAUCGUCCUGUCCAGAGCGGGGGUGCUGCAGAUACGGAACCCCACGAGGGGCGAGCAGGGGCUGUACGGGUGCUCCGUGGCCAACCGGCUCGGCUCCGACGCGGCGAGCUCGCCCGUGCUGUUUGCAGAGGCGCCCGUCAUCUUGGUCAGGGGAAGGAACGUCACAGGACGGGAGCCCGGCCCGCUGUCCGUCGUGGUCGGAGGCACCGUGAGGGCGGCCCUGGGGGCAGACGUGACCAUCCAGUGUCCCGUACGAGGCGUCCCCCGGCCCACGGUGAGCUGGGUGAAGAGAGGCGGGCCGCUGGGGGACAACAUCUCCGUGCUCCCCAACGGGUCCCUGCUGCUACAGAACGUCUCCCGGCAAAACAAAGGCACCUACGUCUGCAGGGUCUCCAGCGCGCUGGGGAAGGCGGCGGCCACCUCCGUCCUGCACCUGCUGGAGCCCUCCUGGAGGCCGGGUCCCUGGACGCCGUGUCCCGCCACCUGCGGCCGGUCGGGAGCCCGCGUCCGGAGCCUCCGGUGCGUGGCGGCGGGCGGGCAGGAGGUGAGCGAGGCCCUGUGCGGGCACCUCCCCAGGCCGCCGGUCCGCUCGCAGCCCUGCCCCCGCCGCGACUGCCCCCCCAGGUGGGUCGCCAGCCCCUGGUCCGAGUGCUCCGCGUCCUGCGGGAAGGGGUCCCGCGUUCGGCAAGUGACGUGCAAACGCACCCAGGCCAGCGGCGCCGCACGGGGGAUGCCCCCGGGAGCCUGCGACCCCCACGGCCGGCCUCCGGGGAGAAGCCCGUGUUCCGGACACCCGUGCGCCGAGGGGCCGGCGGGCCAGUGUCCCGGACGCUGCCUGGGCCGCGCCGUGAGGAUACAGCCGCGUCCCGUCCUCUGCCCACACAACAGCUCCCACCCCCACUGUGAUGACAGGAGAUCCGCCGCCGGGAGGAACUGCUCGGCGGGGGCCUGUGCCGCGUGCUGGCGCCCGGGCCCCUGGCGGCCCUGCUCAGCGGCCUGCGGCCGGGGCGUCCAGGCCCGCAGGGUGGACUGUGUGCACGCGAGCAGCUGCGCGCCGCUGGCCGAGAGGCACUGCCCGCAGAGCCGGAAGCCGUUGUCCUGGCGGCCCUGUGCCGGGCCCGCCUGCGACCCUGUGCAGCCCUCCCAGGAACCUGCACAGACACCCCUGACGCCUGCACGUGUGUGACACCCCGAGUCUGAGCUCGCUGGGCCUCUGCAGAGGGAGGCGCUGCCGGCCGCGCCCCGCGAUAGCCCUCGGCAGGCGUGGGAUGCUGCUGAGGCGAUGGGACGGGGAGUCCAAGCCGAUACCUCGCCCGAGUCGCUGGCCCCAAAACGCAUCUUUCUCUAAAAAGCCACAGACCUCUAUACCCGCCAGCCAAUGCAGCCGGUGCAGUCACCCCUGCUACCAUUUUUAUAAAUCUAUUUGUAUUGAUUUCAGAGGGGAAGGGAGAGGGAGAGAGAAACAUCCAUGAUGAGAGAGAAUCAUGGACCGGCUGCCUCCUGCACGCCCCCCACUGGGGAUCCAGCCCGCAACCUGGGCAUGUGCCCUGACUGGGAAUCGAACCCUGACCUCCUGGUUCACAGGUCGAUGCUCAACAACCGAGCCACGCCAGCUGGGCCAAAUAUGUAUUUCUUAAAAAAAAAAAAAAAAAACACAAACAAAACAAAAGCCACAAAGCUUUAGAUUCGGCCAUGAAACCCAGGCCCUUGCUCAGUCACCGCUGCUAACGUUGUGUCCUGUCAUUUUUCACGGCCGUUGUCCUUCCAGCUCAGGUGGGUUCGAUAGAUAGCCCAGCACUAACCCAAACACCCCCGCAGCCGUGCCCACCCGCCCGGGGGACCGUGUCCUUCCAACCCGGCAAUCGCCGAGGCCACCCACGGGACGUCCCCCGCGCCUGCUCCCGGGGAUGUGCCCCGGCCGGGAAUCGAACCCGGGACCGACCCCUGGGUCCACGGGGCGAGGCUGGUGUAGCGUCGGGCAUCCCGAAGCCUCGGGGAGACCCGGGGACCGAGGGCUUUCCCUUCCGUCGAGGGUCAGGCCGCCGGCAGGCGCAGAAGGCAUUUGCCGGCUAUGAACUCUGGUCGGUAAUUGUGACCAUGUUGGCGCUGACGUCUUUCUUGCGGAUCCUGACGUGGCGUCUGCGAAACAGACACGGUCGUGCCGGCCAGGCCUGGGGCGCGAGCCGAUCCAAGGACCGUCACGGGUGAGGGUGGGGGCCCGCGUCUCAGGCACCAGAACCCGUGGACGGCCACGAAAAUGCCGCUGCCAUUUUCACAAGAGGACGGAGCUCUGUCUGUGCCCGCACGCGGCAUCUUGGGAGUCAAAGGAGAAGGGACGUCAACCGCUUCUACCGACUCUGAGGCCCAGUCAAGGCAUUGAGGCCUGGGAAUGCGAUUUUUUGUGUUUUCUGAGCACUAAGUUCUUGCACACAAUCUGGCAAAGCGACGCCUUAGGGGACGGAAUGUAUGCAGAACGUGCUACUCCCGACGGUUUUUACUGGGGGGGGAAUGAUAAGAAAGUCAUCUAAUUAGGAUCGUUGGGGGCGGAAGCAUCGUCGAUAGUCAAUGAUCGUUUUUCGUCGGAACUGAUGUUUCAAUGCAUCGCUCGGGAAUGAGGGUUCAGCUGGAGGUGACAGGGUGGGGGUUCCCAUGAAGGGGGCGCUGGACACGCUGAGGGCUGGCUUUAGCUCCAGGAUUGGGUUGGGCGAGGAGGGGAGCUGAGUUAGGGUGGAGGCUAGCGUUGGCUGUGGGACUUCGGAUGGCGGCCUGGUGAGGCGCGAGUUGGGUUGAGUUUAGAUCAGGGGUCCUCAAACCUUUUAAACAGGGGGCCAGUUCACUGCCCCUCAGACCGUGGGAGGGCCGGACUAUAGUUUAAAAAAAAAAACUAUGAACGAAUUCCUUUGCACGCUGCACAUAUCUUAUUUUGAAGUAAAAAAACAACACGGGAACAAAUACAGUAUUUGUAUUUGCAUGUGGCCCGCCGGCCGCAGUUUGAGGGCCCCUGGUUUAGAUUGAGGCAAAGGCUGGGGUUAGUGAUAAUGUCCGAGUGGACGUUGAAUUGCUACUGAAGUGAUGUGGGACCAGCAUUCAUUUGUAAAGCCUAAAGCUGAUUUUUUUUAAAAAAUCCUCAAUCGAGGAUACAUUUAUUGAUUUUUAGAGAGAGAGAGAGAGAGAGAGAGAGAGAGAGAGAGAGAGAAACAUCAAUGUGAGAGAGAAACAAGUGGGUUGCCUCUCACAUGCUCCCCGACUGGGGACCGAACUCGCAACCUAGGCGUGGGCCCCGACCGGGAAUCGAACCGGCGACCUUUCUGUGUACCCAACAACGCUCCAGCCAACUGAGCCACUGGGUUGGGCAAAAGCUACAUU